CAGAAAUAUGGAGCCGCUGCGGCUAAAGCCCAGACAGCCAGUGGAGGCCGAGAUAGAGAACUGGGACGAUGACGAUUUCAUCGUGGACGGCGACGAGUUGAGCCUUCGGCCUGCCGCUGUCACCACAGGUACCAAUGCACAACCACGUCGACGCGAUUCCACCUCGUCCCACAUUUCGCUGCGCUCCGAUCUGGACUCGGCGUAUGGGGAGGAGCAGCACGUCCACCUCCCAGCCGACGAUGAGCGAUCGACCAUGGCCGCCAUCGCCGCCGCCGAGAGGGCAGGAAUACCCUUGCCCAAGAACGUGCCGUCGUCCGCCCUGACCGGAGGCACCAUCAAGAGGCUCGGCGGCAAGAAGAUGCGCAAGACCAUUGACGAGGACUGGGAGCACGACCUGGAGCUGCCCGACGGGCCCCAGGGGCUCCAGAUGAAGCCGCGGACGCACGCCGACUUCCCAGAGACCCUGCGCCAUGUCAGCGGAGGCUCGAUGCACAACAGCCCCAAGAAGACGCCCAAGUCGGCCAGAGACAGCCGGCGGAGCUCCAUCAUGUCCAACUCGAGCGUCCUCUCCGCCGCGCUCAGCUUGGACAGGUUCCGGGACACGGAGGAUGAGGACGACGACUUCUUCGGCGACGGCUUUGACACCAUCAAGGUGCCCAAGACCCGGCCGCCCCAGCUGCUUUCCUUUGUGACGCCCCCCAAACCCGUUGGGCCUGUCAUGUCAAAGGAGCCGCUGCUGAAUGAAGAGGACUUUGAGCGAGACCUGGAGCUCCCGUCCGACGGCACGCUUAGGCUGUCUGCCAGGAGGGACAUACCCAGAGCGCCGUUCGCGCUGUCAGACGACAUUGACUGGGGCGAGGGCAGCAGCCUCGGCACUAGAUAUGGAGGCACGCGACGAGAUGCCAGGUCGACGCGGAGCUCGUCGGUCUCGGCUAUGAGCCCCAGCCUGUCGAGCACAUUCACGGUGGAGAGCGAGGACGAGACGUUUGACGGCCUCGUGCUGCCUCCCGGCCAUCUGAACUUCCAGGAGAGGCUGCAGCUGCGGAAGACGAACCCACCGCCGGAAGACAUACCGGAAGAGCAACCCGCCGAAGCAGCAGCACCACCACCACCACCCCCGAAGAAGCUACAUGCUGCGGCAGAGGUGGAGCAGCAGGACUUUCUCGAGGGGCUUGACAUCGGCGACGGCAACGUGUUUGACGCUGGCAAGCUCACCAUACAUCGGAAUAUCAAGGUCAAGGACAGCCGGGUCACCAACCCUGCCCGCCCCAAGACGUCCGUGACGUUGACGUUUAGCAACAAGCCCAUGCCGCCCCAGACGCGGAUCCCACGCCUCAACAACCAUGAGAGGUCACAUUCCACGGCCCUCGAGCCCGUCUCUGAGAGCGGCGGGCCGAUCCCUCACCGGGCCCCUCGUCGACCUCAGUCCCGUCUUGGUCACGCCGCCAACCAGCUGUCCGUCACGAGCCUCCCUACGCCUACUUCCUCGAGCUUUUCGAUUGCCCCUGCCCCUCGGCGGGCAGAGCUGUCCCGACCCCAAUUUUCUUCCUCUAGGAGUGAUCCUCCCACGACAAACUCUCAGCUCCUUCGGCAGAAACGUUCAUUGGCAACGGUGCGAUCCCGAAAUCCUCCCACUACCGCUGCUAAGCCCAUUGCCGGCCGGGCUGAGAGACCGUCGUCACGCACCGAGACUGGCCUGGCCCGACCCAAGACGCCGCAGGAACGUCCGAAGCCCUCUAGCGAGAGCCCCGGGCAAGCAAGAAAGAAUUCGAUACCGUUCAUCCCCGCGGGAGCUUCCCAUUCGCAAUCACAACAUGCUGCCUCAAAGGCCGUGCGACAAUACCGCCGCUACGACCCGGACAAUGCCAAUGAUGCCCGCCCUAUAUCCCGGUCGUUUGCAAGGCCCGGCCUGCGGUCACCCAGCCCACACCGCUUGAAGGAGGAUACGUGGGGACGUCUGAACCGGCCCAAGAGAAAGCAGAAUUUCGGGGAUGGCCACGAGCUGGACGCCUUUGACGAUCUCCCGACGUCGAAGGAGACGGAGAGCCGGUUCUUGAAGCAGCCUUCUGCCGCUGGACCCCCCAAAGCAACUCUCCGCCGACUGCCACAAGCGCCAGCACCAUCGGCUGCACAGGCCGUUGACCGGAACAAGACGCCUUCACCAUGGAACGCAGCGCCCACGGCGGCACGGAGCUCAUAUACCCCUAGCUUUGCGCGUGAUACCGCGGCCAGCCGUAUCGCGCGCGAGACAGCUCUCGCCCACCGGACGCCCAGCGGCGGGCCGUUGGCUUCGGUUUCUGCUCAGCGAGCGCCAACGCGCAGCAAUGCUCAGCAGUCGCAGCCCACAUCUCGAACCAAGAAGCUGAAGCGGCCCCCGCAGCUGAAGCCACAUCUCAUCUCGAAUCUGAGCGGCGGCAAAGAAUCCAAAGUUUCCCUUCCUACAGUCGUCAAAGGGAUGUUUUACAAUGCGGACACAUACCGCUGGGAAGGAAACGAAAAUGUUCUCAACGCGUUUGAUGGAUCGACAACGCCGUCGUCUAAUUCCGCGCCCCUGCGCUUGGCCAGAGACAAGGAGCCGACAGCGUCCCGACCAGCUCUCAUUACCAACAUCAGCGCCACUAAAGGUGUGCAAGUGGUUGGCGGCAUGGUGUUUGACCCUCAGAACAUGUGCUGGCUGAAACUUGGCCCUCAGAGCAUGGCACCAUCCGAGGCCACUGACAGCCUGGACAACUUCAACGGUUUCGAGGAGGAAGAGGACCCCUUCAAGGACAUUCCGGACCUCGAGGAUACCACUGUCACUGAUGAGCGCGAAGGCCACGCCAGCGACAUUAAAGAUGACUGGCUGGUGGGCGAGGAGUUUGAUGUCGGUCCUGAGUUCAUCCGAAGACAGCGCGAAGAAGAGGAGAGGUGGCGCAAGAAGUGCGAGAAGUGGACUAGCCAUGCUCCUCGAGACCGAGAAGCCUGGCGAUGGACCAUUCGCGAGCUUGUCAUACAAUUCGACGACUUUGCCAUGCCGGGCGGAGCCAGGUAA